UUGCUGGGACACAGUGGUGGUCUAACCUCUGGUUUGCGGAGCGGUCGGGUGUAGUCUCCUCUCGCCCCCACGCCUUCGAGGUCCCCGCCGCCCGACCCAACGGCGGAGCCAGCCAGCGGUUCCCGGGGCGCCCUCCCGCACUGAUCCCACCUCUCUGGGGCGGGACCUGGCCCGACGGCUCCGGUCACUAUGAGUGAAGCAUCUUUCAACCUAAUAUCAGAAAAAUGUGACAUUCUAUCAAUUCUUCGGGAUCAUCCUGAAAACAAGAUUUACCAGAGGAAAAUCCAGGAACUCAGCAAAAGGUUCACUGCGAUCCGCAAGACCAAGGGGGAUGGGAACUGCUUCUACCGGGCCUUGGGCUACUCCUACCUGGAAUCUCUGCUGGGGAAGAGCAGGGAGAUACUCAAGUUCAAAGAGCAUGUACUGCAGACCCCAAACGACCUUCUGGCUGCUGGCUUCGAGGAGCACAAGUUCCAAAACUUCUUUAAUGCUUUUUACAGCGUGGUAGAGCUCGUGGAGAAGGACAGCUCCGUGGCCAGCCUGCUGAAGGUGUUCAACGACCAGAGCUCCUCGGACCGCAUCGUGCAGUUCCUGCGCCUGCUCACGUCAGCCUUCAUCAGGAACCGCGGAGACUUCUUCCGACAUUUCAUCGAUGAGGAGAUGGACAUCAAAGACUUCUGCACUCACGAAGUGGAGCCCAUGGCCAUGGAGUGUGACCACAUCCAGAUCACGGCCCUGUCCCAGGCACUGAACAUUGCCCUGCAGGUGGAGUAUGUGGACGAAAUGGACACGGCCCUGAACCACCACGUGUUCCCCGAGGCUGCCAUCCCUGCCGUGUACCUGCUCUAUAAAACCUCCCACUACAGCAUCCUUUAUGCAGCCGAUAAACGUUGAUUUUAGGCCAUGCAGUGGAGCCUGUCACCUAACGGGACUGCAUUCUUUUUUUUUUUUUUUUUUUUUUUUUGCGGUACGCGGGCCUCUCACUGUUGUGGCCUCCCCGCCGUGGAGCACAGGCUCCGGACGCACAGGCCCGGCGGCCAUGGCUCACAGGCCCAGCCGCUCCGCAGCAUGCGGGAUCCUCCCGGACCGGGGCACGAACCCGUGUCCCCUGCAUCGGCAGGCGGACUCUCAACCACUGCGCCACCAGGGAAGCCCUACGGGACUGCAUUCUGAAUGGAACGUUACAGCUUUUCAAUUUUUUUAAGCGAUUUAGACUAUAGUUAGAAAAUGUGCAGCCUUUUGGGCAAAGUCACUGGGAAUAAGGCCUACUCACUACGGACUGGUGGUAACUUGGCGAUAUUUUUAGUGUUUAUCUUCACGGAGGAUCCAGUGUUUUCUCACUCUGGGCUAGGAAGCCACAUGUCCUGGCUCUACCCCAGUUCUGAGACCUUGCAUAGGACACCUCCUCUCUCUGGGCCCAAUUCUUCAUCUGGAGGAGGUUCCUGCCAGUGUUGACAUUCCAUUGUUGUAUAAAAAUGGGGUCCUCUGGUUUAUUUUCACCAGGGGCAGUGCCUCUCUGUAGGGGAAGAAAAGCUCAAGAUCAGCUGUCUUAAGUGACUUACCAGUUCUAUAAAAAAAUCAAGUCCAGUCAGCCGUUGGACUGGACUUUGGUGCACGGUGAAUUGAGGCCAAUUUGAAUGCGAGGGCUUCAGUGUACUUCCAAGCAUUCAUGACAGUGUUUUCUUACCCCUAACUUGAGGAAAAAGAUACUUUUAUGCCAAAGUCUAGAAAGAGGCCUGUAGCCAUCAGCGUGAAGCCCAAGUUGUUGGGCCCCUCUAUCUCCCUCAGGGCCAGGACUGCCUGCCUUCUGGUGGGCAGCCCUGCAGGGUUCUGCCGCCAGCCCUACCUGGACAGACACUGAGAAGGACUAAGGUCUGGGACCAAGAAGGUGUCUCAUCGUCCCCAACACAUCCUGGAAGUAGAAUACGGAUACUCAGCCAGGUGGAGACAUCGGUCCGCACAUGCAGCCGUAGACUCCAGCUGAGCAGAACAGACAAGGUUUUCUGAGGCUGUCUUUGGCUUCCUUUCCCCUUUCCCCGCUUCUGUCUGGCUUAUGGGCUGGCUAGAGAUUAGGUGGCAAAGAACAGAGAUAAGCCGAGGAGACUGGCAGUGGGGGAGGUCACCUCUGGGGAAGCUGCCUGGUAGCCAAGAGCCCUGGCUCUGGCCAGUCUCCCUGUUCAUCCGCCUGAACAUGCCCCUUAAUGACCCCCUCACCUUGCUGCCUCAGGAUCUCGAGGAGCCCUGGCUGGGCUGGGGCGCUGCCAGCAAGCUCUCUUCCUCUCUGGGAAGAAAUGGAGAGUGCAGGGGUGUGGAAUCGCCUUCCUUAAUCGAAGGCCUCACAGGUUCCAUUCUGCAGGGAUUUAUUAGAAUCUGUUGGUGCUGCAGUGCCAGACUGUAGUGUCUGCUGACGGGCAAACUGCACCAGGAGGACGGGGUGACAGACUGCUCCCGAUCCUCGUAUACAAAUGUCAGAUUGGUAUCAGUCUUCCGCCUUUGUGAAAACUGAUGUCAGGGUGCUUUUAAUGCCAGGCAGGAACCCAGGUUCCCAUAAUGCCCUUGGCUGGAACUUGGACCCCAAGGGCUCAAGCUAAAUAAGUGACUGUCACUUUUUCACAGGAAUGUAAAGCUGACCCUGAUCUCUGAACUGGUUCAGUGGUCCUACCUUGCUCUGGGUAGGAGUGCUGUGACAAGUACACUGUAAGAGCAGGGUAACAUGUUACAUGAUUUGUGAGUAUCACGAUCCGUUUCCAAACUGAAGGACACUGACCUGCACCUUGGCUGCUCUGAGCAGUUGUGAGAUGGGUCCUGGGCCUCCAGCUGGGCUCUCAAGCACAGUAUAAUCAGCACUGGCUGCCACUUAACUGCAUUUGUAGCUUGUGUAGCGUUCACAAAAGCCAAGCUUUCUCUUUGGCAGACAGGCUGGAGAACUCCCCUCUGAGGUGUGUCUGUGCUGUGUGUCCAGGCCGGAGAGCCUGCCAGUGCUCACGUGGGACCCUCUUCCCAGGGGAGAUCCGAUCAGUUUAGAAUCAGAGUGCCUAAGAGAGGCAGGCUGUUGUCAUGACCCCCCUCUCCGCUCUCCCAUUUUUCAUAAAACUAUUGGCCAAAUCCAAACCGCUGCUCUCUUCCCUUCCCAUCUGCCCUCAGCUCUUGCCUCUGAAGGGAAAGCACCAUGGAGGAAAGGCGUGGCAGAAUUCAGAGAAGCUUUAAGUAACCAAUGUAAAAUCCAGUCAUCCGUGGACAUUACCCUGCUUAUGUACAGCAGCCAGUCACGUCAGCAAUCACGCUUCCUGGGUAAUUCCUCACCCGGCCCACAAAGCCUUCUCUUUGCAGGCCAAAAGCUGGAAGGAAGGUUGCUUUCAGAGUUUGUCUUUACAACUGCACGUGUUACCUUCCUUCCAAAGGGAACUUUACAAACCAGUGUGAAUACUUAGCAACAAAAAAACUGUCCUUGCUUUUGGUUCCUACUUUAAGCACAUAGUGGCUCUGGAGCCACACCGCCUGGGUUCAAAUCUUCAACUUUGCCACUAACUAGUUAUAUGACCUUGGCCAAGUCCCUUCACCUCCAAGUUCCAAUUCCCACAUUAGUGAAAUGGAGACGAUACCAACACAUCACAGAAUUAUCGGUUCAAGUGGAACAAGAUUACAUGUGAAAACAAUCGCAAGACCUGACGCAUAGUGAGUGCCCUACAAAUGGGAUGCUUCCCCCCACGGAUCCUUCCCCAUGGGCUGCAGAACACUGCAAGAUGGGAAAACAUGCCACCUUGGCAGUGGCACUGUGGUUUCCCAAACACGGAAGAAGUCUAAGGACCAAACGCAAUCCUGUGAUGAGCGGAAAUAGGGGCAGGGGCCCCUUGUCCCGUGGGAUGUAGGCCAGGCCUACAGCUUCCUCGGGCAAUUGGUAAAAACAUUUUCCUAGCAUUAAA